AUGGAUACGUCUUGGAAAACUAACGCCCCAGGGUUUGGGUUUGGUAUUGCCAUCUCAGGUGGGCGAGACAACCCUCAUUUCCAGAGUGGAGAGACCUCCAUUGUGAUAUCUGAUGUGCUGAAAGGAGGUCCUGCUGAGGGACUGCUACAAGAGAAUGAUCGAGUGGUGAUGGUCAAUGCUGUCUCUAUGGACAACGUGGAGCAUGCCUACGCAGUACAGCAGCUCCGAAAGAGCGGGAAAAAUGCAAAGAUAACCAUUCGGCGGAAGAGGAAAGUGCAGUUACCUGUUUCUCGGCCAGGGGACAGGGAGACGAUGUCGGAGCAUGAAGAGGAGGACAGCGAUGAGGAAGAUGGCUAUGAGCACCACAGUGGACAUGGCAGCCAAAGUGCCUACGGAGGAGCGAGCGGAGGCACGGGCACCGGCAGGCGUCCGGAUCGUGAGCGGAGCAGCAGCGGCAGGCGGGAUCAAAGUGCCUCGCGGGAGAGGAGCGCCUCGCGGGAGAGGAGCGCCUCACCGCGCUCCGAUCGCCGAUCACAAACCUCCUCUGCACCAACCAGGCCUUCCAAGGUCACACUGGUCAAGUCCCGUAAGAAUGAAGUAGAAUACGGACUGCGGUUGGCGAGCCACAUCUUUGUGAAGGACAUCUCUCCUGAGAGCCUCGCUGCCAGAGACGGAAACAUCCAGGAGGGAGACGUUGUACUUAAGAUCAAUGGAACAGUUACAGAGAACCUUUCACUAAUAGAUGCCAAGAAGCUGAUCGAGAGGUCAAAGGGCAAGUUGAAGAUGGUGGUGCAGAGAGAUGAUCGAGCCACGCUGCUCAACAUUCCCGACCUUGAUGAUAGCAUCCCAUCAGCCAAUAAUUCGGACAGAGACGAUAUUUCAGAAAUACAUUCGCUGACAUCAGAGCAUUCCAAUCGAUCGCACGGACGAGGUCGAUCACGCUCGCCUGACCGGGCCGAGCCAUCAGACCUUCCCCGUCACUCACCUCGGCAGAUCAGCAAUGGCAGUUGGAGCUUCCAGUUCAGGGCAGGUUCACUGUUGAACAGAUUCCUUCCAAUCCAUCGGAGUCGAGAUGAGGAUCGCAUCUCCAAACCAGGGUCCAUGUCCACACUCGUCAAAAGUGAUGAUGGCGUCUUGUCUCAGGCCAGCGACCAGGCCAGCUCCAGAGAUGACAAACUGUUACCUCCACUGCCGGAACCAAAGCCAGUUUAUGCACAGCCUGGGCAGCCUGACGUGGACCUGCCUGUCAGCCCCUCUGACGCCCCCGUGCCCAGCGCCGCUCAUGAUGAGAGCAUCCUCAGGCCGAGUAUGAAACUGGUGAAGUUCAAGAAGGGAGAGAGUGUUGGUCUGCGGUUAGCAGGAGGAAACGACGUGGGAAUCUUUGUUGCAGGUGUUCUGGAGGACAGUCCUGCAGCCAAGGAGGGGCUGGAGGAGGGAGACCAGAUCCUCAGGGUAAACAAUGUGGACUUUGCUAACAUAAUCCGGGAGGAGGCUGUGCUGUUUCUGCUGGAUCUCCCAAAAGGAGAAGAAGUGACUAUAUUGGCCCAGAAGAAGAAGGAUGUGUACCGCAGGAUAGUGGAAUCGGACGUGGGUGACUCCUUCUACAUUCGGACCCAUUUUGAAUAUGAAAAGGAGUCACCGUACGGGCUGAGCUUCAACAAGGGCGAGGUGUUCCGUGUAGUAGAUACGCUCUACAACGGCAAACUAGGCUCCUGGCUCGCUAUCCGUAUUGGCAAGAACCAUCAGGAAGUGGAGAGGGGAAUCAUCCCCAACAAGAACAGAGCGGAGCAGCUGUCCAGUGUGCAGUACACCCUCCCCAAAACGCCAGGAGGGGACAGGGCCGACUUCUGGAGAUUCAGAGGACUGCGAAGCUCCAAGAGGAAUUUGCGGAAGAGCAGGGAGGACCUGUCAGCCCAGCCCGUCCAGAGCAAGUUCCCUGCCUACGAGAGGGUGGUGCUGAGGGAAGCUGGGUUCCUGAGGCCUGUGGUUCUCUUUGGGCCAAUCGCAGACGUGGCCAGAGAGAAACUGGCCAGGGAGGAGCCAGACAUCUUUGAACUAGCAAAAUCACAACAACAACAAGGAGGGGAAAAGAGUGAACCCAGGGAUGCAGGAACCGACCAGAAGAACUCCGGCAUCAUUCGCCUGCACACUAUCAAACAGAUCAUUGACCGGGACAAGCAUGCGGUGCUGGACAUCACCCCUAACGCAGUGGACCGUCUGAACUACGCUCAGUGGUAUCCCAUUGUGGUGUUCCUCAACCCCGACACCAAGCAGGGCGUCAAGCACAUGAGGACCCGCCUCUGCCCCGAGUCUCGGAAGAGCGCCAGGAAGCUCUUUGAGCGAUCCCACAAAUUAAGAAAGAACAACCACCACCUCUUCACCACUACCAUUAACCUGAACAACAUGAAUGAUGGUUGGUUUGGAGCUCUGAAGGAGAUCAUCCAGCAGCAGCAGAACCAGCUGGUGUGGGUUUCAGAGGGCAAGGCUGACGGGGCAGCUGAGGAUGACCUGGAUAUCCAUGACGACCGCCUGUCCUACCUGUCUGCACCAGGCAGCGAGUACUCCAUGUACAGCACCGACAGCCGCCACACCUCUGACUACGAGGACACGGACACAGAGGGCGGGGCCUACACCGACCAGGAGCUGGACGAGACGCUGAACGACGACGUGGGUCCACCCGCCGAGCCGGCCAUCACCCGCUCCUCCGAACCUGUCCGCGACGACCCCCCGGUGAUCCAGGAGCCCCCCGGCUACGCCAGCUUCCACACCGUGCAGCCGACCCCCCUGAACCGCAUCGACCCGGCAGGAUUCAAGGCUCCGGUUCCGCAGCAGAAAGCAGAGGCCGCUGCCGUCCCUAGCGUCCCCCCGCAGCCUGAGCCCCCGGCUGAGACUUUGCCCCAUGCUGUCGACGUUACUGUAAAAACUGUAGGGGGGGUGAGCCCUGACGAGGCUCCUGCAGCUCCUGUCAGCCCGCCAAGCCCCGACCCAGAGGCGGGCUCACUUAGGAUGCCCACCCCUGAGCUAGCCCCUCAGAGCGUCUCACCAGAGCCUCUACAGUCUGGACUGGCCGGUUCAGAAACAAAGAUGUACCAGAAGGAUCCAUACAUCCCAGACAACACAGGAAGAAUCGGUCACAGCAUGAAGCCUGUGACUUACAACCCUCAGCAGGGAUAUCACCCCGACCAGCAGCCAUACAGAGAUUACGACCAUCCCCCCAGCCGGUAUGAUGUCAGCAGCAGUGGAGUCAGCAGCGGAGGGGGCUUCCCAGAACCAAAGCACCGAAACAACUAUGACUCUAACCUGCCCUACGAGAACAGUGUGCCUCACUACGACCAGCAACAGUGGAACCCGUACAACCAGCCGCUCCCUACUGCCAACUCCCAGGGCUACGACCCCCGCCUGCCAUACGGGGACAGCCCUGACCCCCAGUACACCCCCCCUCUCCGCUACGACGAGCCCCCGCCUCAGCAGGGAUUUGACGGGCGGCCUCGCUACGGCAAACCGACCGGUCCAGCUCCUGUCCGUUAUGAUGACCCCCCACCCCCUGUUUCGGGGUCCGACAUGCACUACGACCAGGAUUCUCACCUGAACGCGUACCCCUCGGCUGCCCACUCCCCGGACCCCACUGCCCAGCGGCCGGCUUAUAACCCGGGACCAACAGCACAACAGCAGAGCUACAAACCUCAGCAGUAUGACCCCGUUCCUGUGAACUCUGCAAGCAGCCCCACACCCCCUCCCAAAGCAGAGGCCCCCUCACCCUCGCCUGCCGAUCCUCUGAAUCCUUUCCCCGCCAGAGAUCUGCAAGACGAACCCGCCGCCCGGGCACAGUCGGUCCUGACGAGGGUCAAGAUGUUUGAGAACAAGCGCUCCGUGUCGGUGGACAGAGUGGCAGUAGAGUCUUCUGGGAACAAGGCAGCCGAUAUACCUUUGAAAGCAGGUGGAGUCAUCCCAAAAGCAAAUUCUCUGAGCAACCUGGAUCAAGAGAAGACCUUUAGAGCCCCAGGGCCUCAGCAGCCUCCAUCCAUGGUCGCUGAUGACAUCGUGCGCUCCAACCAUUACAACCCAGACGAGGACGAGGACUACUACAGGAAACAGCUGUCGUAUUUUGACAGGCUCCAGACCGGUCCUAACAAAGCCCAGCCACAAGCACAAACAAAUAACAACUACUCCAGGACGGAGUCAGUGGAGAAACCAAGUCCAGUGGAGAAGAAAUACGAACCAAUUCCCCAGGUGACGCCUACUCUGCCACCCGCCACACUGCCCAAACCCGCACCUGAAGCCAACACUGUGCAGGCCAACUUCCUGCCUCAGAAGAGCUUCCCUGAGAAGUCUCCGGUUAACGGCACAAGUGAACAUCCUCCAAAAACGGCUCCACCAGCAACCAGCUACAACCGCUACACUCCCAAGCCCUACACCACGUCUGCCAAGCCUUUUGCGCGCAUGUUCGACAGUCCUAAGUUCAACCACAACCUCCUGCCCAACGACAAGCUGGAGACCGCUCCCAAGGGCCAGAACUCUAGCACUGUAAAGCCUCAGACCCCCCCCCAGCCCCAGAACAUAGACCAUGACAGCGGCCUGGACACUUUCACACGCACUAUGGACCACCGCUCCAAAAACCAGCACAACAACAUCAACGCUGUGCCCAAGGCCAUCCCUGUGAGCCCCAGUGCCCUUGACGAUGAUGAGGAUGAAGACGAGGGCCACACUGUGGUGGCAACAGCACGAGGUAUCUUCAACUCUAACGGAGGCGUCCUGAGCUCCAUCGAGACAGGGGUCAGCAUUAUUAUCCCGCAGGGCGCCAUCCCUGAAGGCGUGGAGCAGGAGAUCUACUUCAAGGUCUGCAGGGACAACAGCAUCCUGCCGCCACUCGACAAGGAGAAAGGAGAGACUCUGCUCAGCCCUCUGGUGAUGUGUGGACCUCACGGCCUCAAGUUCUUGAAGCCUGUGGAGCUGCGCUUACCUCACUGUGCGUCUAUGACCCCUGAUGGUUGGUCUUUUGCUCUAAAAUCCUCCGACUCCUCGUCGGGUGACCCAAAAAGCUGGCAGAACAAGUCUCUCCCCGGAGACCCCAACUACCUGGUGGGAGCCAACUGUGUCUCUGUGCUCAUCGACCACUUUUAAGGACGGACCAUCAGCUGUGAUGUUACUGAAUGUGGAACCAUGGGGAUAAAUAGAAGAGGAUGGACACACAAAAAACACACACACACACACACACACUGACAGAUGCACUCCCAACACACACACACUACAUCAUGGAGUAUGAAGAAGACCCAGUGCUGUUUACUGCACACACGGAUGAAGGCGAGACACUGAUGAUCGUUACAAGCUGUUCUUUAAACUUCCCCCCCCCC